UUUCUGUUUCAAUUGACAUAACAUUCCAAUUUUUAAACUUUGGUUUUGGCGGUAUUUUUAUUUCAGCUCAGCUCUUUUAAUUAAUUAUUGUUUGUGUUUUUUUAUUUCACAUUUUAUCAGAAUGAAUGCUGAAAAUGUAAUGGAGGUAGACGAAACGAAAAUUGAACCACCGUACAUUCGAACACCGGAAGAUGUAAAGCAAAUUAUAGAGUUUGCUCGCAUGGAUGAACGGAAUUUGACACCAGUAACACAGUCCUUCUAUUUUCCAUCCAAUAACUGUUCGAAUGAAAGGUUUCGUCUUUUAGAAUUGAAUCCGCAUCUCUUAAAGACUAUUCGUGAUGGAGGCAUUAUGUCUUUCAAAGGAGGUCUUCAUGAGAGCGCCGUUCUAUGUACAAACGAAAAGACCUACGAAGUUAAGGAAACUGAAAUAUCAAACAGUCUCGUUUUGGUUCCCGAGCUCAAAUUUGCGGCGCAAACGAGUUCUUCCCCCUUAAAGAGUCCAAGAAUUGGAGCUGAUUCCUCGAUGGAACGUAUUAAUAACAAAGACGACAGUGAUGACGACGAAGUUGCCAUUGAAAGAGUCUUAGAACAGAAAAAAAUUCUAAAAAUAUUUUAUGAAUACUACGAAUGCCGAGAAAUUCAACCUCGGUUUCGAAAGCUUAAUGAUCUGUUAUUAAUGACACGAUUUUCUGGCCCAGAAAAUGAAUACAUGAUUGAGAAAAAACUCCUAUUUACAUUCAGUCAACUGCUGGACACUAUCCAAUGCAGUAGAAAACAGUUCGAGGAAGGUUUAAAGAAGGUUCGUGCUUUAAUAAUUGAUGGAUUCGUAAGAGUUUUAGAUUGCGAAUACGAAUUUCGAAUUAUCAAUUUGAUGAUGGCGGUUAUAACUGAAAACUCGUGGCCAUUAGACGGAAUUGAAAAAGACGAAACGAUAGCUGCCCUCGAAGGUAUUGCGCCCAAGCAGAUUGUGGAGGGUAUUUUCAACAUCUAUACGCAUCCAGUAGAUUCAAAUCCAGGAAAAUUCCAGUAUAAAGAAGAACUACUAGCUCGCAUUAUAGCUGUAAACAUCCUCAAACCUGGUUUAAAGUUUCGAGUUGAAGAAUUUAUGUCAGAUUGGCAAGAUGCUUUGGUGGAAGGCUAUAAAGUCGAUCAAAAAUAUCUACAAGGAAUUGGGAUUAUUGAUUUGGAGUCAAAACCUCCAUGUAUAAGAUCACUUAACGAAGAAAAUCUAACAACUAAUCUUCAAGAUAGAAUUGAUUUGUUGUUUAAAAUAAAAACGAGUUGGAUACUUGAGGAGAUCGAAUCUUAUUUGGAAUACUUCACGACUCCCACCAUGAAUGUUUCGACUCUUUUAGCAAAAUAUGCCAGAUCAUUUGUCGUCGAUGGAGUGCGGCGUUAUGUUUCUAAGUAUAAGUGAAUUUAAACAAGUACCUGUUUCCAAUCUCUAUAAAUAAAAUAUUAUUUCUGUAAUACAAACGAA